GCAGCAGCUGGGCCAGCUGGGUGAGCUAGGGUCGUCUGACAUUUUCGCGUUUGUGAUGUGACAUACAAACAUGUAUAAACGCGGCGCGUUGAUAGUUUUGGAGGGUUGUGAUCGGGCUGGCAAAUCGACUCAGGUGAAGAUGCUGAUAGAUGCAAUGAACAAUCUACAGAUUCCCGUGAAGGCUCGGGGAUUUCCAAACAGGAAAACUCCAGUUGGAGCUAUCCUAAAUAACUUCUUGUCAAAAGAGAUAAAUCUGCCACCGGAGGCAGCACACUUGCUAUUCUCUGCCAAUCGAUGGGAGUGCAAGGAGGACAUAGAGAAGAUGCUUCUAUCUGGCAUCACACUAGUGAUAGACAGAUACGCAGCCUCUGGCACCGUGUACACAGCAGCCAACACCGGUCGAAGUCUCAACUGGUGUCAGCAGGCUGAUUUUGGUCUACCAAAGCCGGACUGCGUGGUGUUACUCAAGGUGUCUAAGCAGCACCAGAAGCUGCGUAGCGACUGGGGAAAGGAAAGGUUUGAACAUGACGAGUUUCAACAGCGUGUCGAUGCCAAUUACGAAAAAUUGAAAGACAACACUUGGAUUGUUGUAAACGCCGACCAAGAGAAAUCGGCGGUGCAUGCUGAAAUAUUGCAGAAAACACUGUCUAUUAUUCAGGAAGUUCAGCAUCGUAAAAUAAAAUUUCUAGGUGACUGAAAAUGUGAUAACUUUUCUUUUUUUAUGUGUCUACCUCAGUGUCAGAGAACUACUAUAUUAGUAAUUCUAUGAGAUAUUUGCUAUCAACUUUAAUAGAAAGUCGAGAUAUUAAAUCUAAUCUUAUAAUUUUAUAACGUAAUGAAUAAAAGCGAUUCUAUUUUUAUAUCUGAAAAUUUUUAUAUAACUAAGCUUUGUACCUAUACAUCAAUGAAAUUGUAAAUCAUUGUUAAUUGUUAUUUGAUAGAUGCAAUAUGGUUGAUAUAACUAAGAUGUUAAAAUUUAAGAGAAAAAAUAGGUAAAAAUUGAAUACAUAUAAAUAUUUUUAGAUUGCUAAAUAAAUUUGUUUGCCUUAAAGCUGUUUAUUUUAUAAACAUUCACAUAUUGAGUUUUAUAAUAAUAAAAAUUAUUUACUUUCAUUGUUAAUAAAUCCAAGCAUAUUAAGUGAUAUUACGCGGUUUUCCUUGUCUGUUUAUAUAAUUCUACAUUUGUCAUAAUAAGUAAGCGGAAUUUCUUCUUUCCGUUUUUCUUUGAAUAAUAUAAUCUGACUUUUAUCGAGAAAAACGAAAAAAGAACUGGAGGUUGCAGGUGUCUCUCAGAUAAAGUCAGAUGUUAGCGUAGAAAGACGUUCUAUCAUACGUUUGGACUCGAUCUCGUGAAAUAAAGUGCUCGCCAGAUAUUUCCGGAAUCGGAUCGCACACUUUCCGCGCGUAUAUGCACUUAUAUGUGUUCGAGAUACAUAUGUGAGAUACAUUUUGUCCUCGGUGCAUGAUUGAUGCUCCGGCACGUUAGUAUUGUAUCAUAAAUAAACUAACUGUAGAAAAUACAAAAGUACUUAGAAUAUAAAAAUAUGAAUACAAAUACGUGUAACUAUUUAUAAUAAUAUUAAUAGUACAAGUUAGGCAAUGAAAAUGUUUAUAUUACAUGUAUGUACAAGUUUUAUAAUCUCUCGAAAUCUUUGUGUUUACCGUUUUUAUUAAGAAUUGAAAAAUAAGUAAAUAUUGAAAUCCGUAUUGAUAACGCACAAAAAAUUGAAGAUUGCGCAUUGGAAAUGGGAAAUUAAUCAUUCGAACGAAACGGAUUAAAAUUGGAAUUAUCUGAUUGAUCGAAUUCUAAUCUCUUUAAUUCACAAUCUCCUUAAUCCCUCAAUGCGUAGUCUGAUAUAGACUUAAUUUCUCCUGAGAGCGGAACCGAAGACCAAUCGAGUUUUCCCUCUUUAAGAGCUAUAUAACUAUAACUCGCCGCAUUGUUACGGUUAUAACUAUAUAGCUAUCAUUUAUAAAGAUCGAAACUUAAUUAUAGUAACAGUUAAUUCUACUUUUUGGAUCAUAAUCUUAGUUAUAUUGUAUAAACGAAAAGGAAAGGAAAUAAUAAAUAAAAUUCAAGUUUUCAAAUUUCAA